GUACCUGGCCAAGCUGUCCUCAGUGGGGAGCAUCUCAGAGGAGGAGACGUGCGAGAAGCUCAAAGGCCUGAUCCAGAGGCAGGUGCAGAUGUGCAAGAGGAACCUGGAAGUGAUGGACUCAGUGCGCCGCGGCGCCCAGCUGGCCAUCGAGGAAUGCCAGUACCAGUUUCGGAACCGGCGAUGGAACUGCUCCACACUUGAUUCCUUGCCUGUCUUUGGCAAGGUCGUGACACAAGGGACUCGGGAAGCGGCCUUUGUGUACGCCAUCUCUUCAGCAGGUGUGGCCUUUGCAGUAACACGGGCAUGCAGCAGCGGGGAGCUGGAAAAGUGUGGCUGUGACCGGACAGUACAUGGGGUCAGCCCUCAGGGCUUCCAGUGGUCAGGAUGCUCAGACAACAUCGCCUAUGGCGUAGCCUUCUCACAGUCAUUUGUGGAUGUGCGGGAGAGAAGCAAAGGGGCCUCGUCCAGCCGGGCCCUCAUGAACCUCCACAACAACGAGGCUGGAAGGAAGGCCAUCCUGUCCCACAUGCGGGUAGAGUGCAAGUGCCACGGGGUGUCAGGCUCCUGUGAGGUAAAGACGUGCUGGCGAGCUGUGCCACCCUUCCGCCAGGUGGGCCACGCACUGAAAGAGAAAUUCGACGGUGCCACUGAGGUGGAGCCACGCCGUGUGGGCUCCUCCAGGGCACUGGUACCACGCAAUGCGCAGUUCAAGCCACAUACAGACGAGGACUUGGUAUACUUGGAGCCCAGCCCAGAUUUCUGUGAGCAGGACAUACGCAGCGGCGUGCUGGGCACAAGAGGCCGCACAUGCAACAAGACAUCCAAGGCCAUCGAUGGCUGUGAGCUGCUGUGCUGUGGCCGUGGCUUCCACACAGCUCAGGUAGAGCUGGCUGAACGCUGCAGCUGCAAAUUCCACUGGUGCUGCUUCGUCAAGUGCCGGCAAUGCCAGCGGCUUGUAGAGUUGCACACAUGCCGGUGACUGCACACAGCCUGUGCCAGCAACCACCUAAGUGGCCCAGGGAAGGCCAGUAACUUAAACAGUCUCCUACCAUCUACUCCCAAGAGAUACUGGUUGUAUUUUUUGUUUUGGUUUGGUUUUUGGGUCCUCAUGUUAUUUAUUGCCAAAACCAGGCAGGCAACCCCAAGGGCACUAACUGGGGCUUCCCCAAAGCCUGAGCCUUUGUGGCUGCCACUGACCAAAGGGCCUUAGCUCAUGCCUCUGGCUAUUCACAGACGAUCAUAGCUGACCACUCAUUUGUUAUCUGUGUCCAUUUUUCUACUUUCAAAUGUGGGUAAUAAGCAGCUACAGGGCUACUGAUACUGCCAUCUAGGGAAACAGGUAACUAACUUAUGGCAGGGAAAGUAUAAUCUUGAUGAAAAUCACAUGCCUAGAAAAAA